UUGACUGUUAUAAAUAACAAGGCGGCAGUAGCAAACACCUUGAAAAUUUUACUUUAGCCAUUUCCCGCCAACCCGAUCGACGAUAGUUUCUACGUACUCGCUCGAGUUGAACCAAUUUUUGUGAGGGAAAAACGUAAAUGGAGUUCACUCUCAGUGGAAACGCGCUCAAGACCUUCGCUCGUUCUAUCACAUGCCUAGCGCGAGUAGGUAACGAGCUUGCCAUACAAGCUUCUCCUUCUCAGCUUGUACUGCACACUCUUAAUUCAUCGCGAUCUACCUAUCAAUCGAUUACAUUGAAGUCCGGCUUCUUUGAUGUAUAUACAGUUUCCGGUACACAAGUCCAAUGCAGUGUACUUUUGAAGGCCAUUUGUGCUGUUCUCAGAACACCGAUUCCAAGUAUUGAUAAUCUGAGUGUGCGACUGCCUGAUCCUGAUGCAUCAAAAGUGCAAUGGACUUUGGAAUGCUAUAGUGGUAUAAGAAAAGCCUAUUGGAUCACUUGCAAUGUUGAGCCAGACAUACAACAUUUGUCUCUUGAUAGGAGAAGAUUUCCGAGUAGCUUAGUGGUGAGGCCUCGUGAUUUUAACAGACUGCUGGCUAACUUCCAAUCAACACUUCAAGAGAUUACUGUCAUUGCCACAGAACCUGCUGGUCCUUCUGAUUCUGCAAGUGAAAUAGGCGGAAAAGCUGUUGAACUUAGAAGUUACAUAGAUCCAACCAAAGACAAUGACUCUUCACUGCAUACUCAACUGUGGAUAGAUCCGGUAGAAGAGUUUGUUCAGUAUACUCACAUUGGAGACCCUGUGGAUGUAACAUUUGGAAUGAAGGAAUUAAAGGCGUUCAUUGCUUUCUGUGAAGGCUGUGAAGUGGACAUUCACUUAUAUUUUGACAAGGCUGGAGAGCCCAUAUUAAUGGCACCAAAGUUUGGUUUAGAUGAUGGAUCCACUUCAAAUUUUGAUGCUACACUAGUCCUUGCUACCAUGCUGUUAUCACAGCUUCAUGAAGGCAAUCCCACAGAACCUCCACAAGUGGCUACCACAAGACAUGGUCAGAAUGUUCCAGUAACUGGAUCACAGCCACAAGGGAGGUCUAGAGCAAGUGUUUCCGAGCAUCCUUCCGAUCACACUAGAAUUUGGUCUGAACUAUCAGGAAGUGCAGCAAGAAGUGGUGGUCAGGGUGUUGAAGGAAGACACCAUCAAGGAGACAUAAAUAUGAAUGCUACAGAACAGAGGGAAAUAGAAAGGAUUAGUAGAAUACAAUUAUCAAAAGAUGCAGAAGAUGUUCCUGAGGGUCCAAGAUCUGUUCUUUUGGCUGAUGUAUUUAGGUGUGAUCCUAUGGGAAAGUAUCCUCAAGAAGAAACCCGAGACAAGCCAGAAACUAAUGGUCAGAGUGUUUCACAACGACAUCCUAGUAACUGGGUAGAUGCACAUGAAGAUGACGAGGACACCGAAGAUAAUGAACUGUGUGUUCAGUCAACACCACCAUACUGUGAAGAACAGUAGCACCUGUGAUAUCUUUUUGCUUUUCUUCACCAAUCAUCCUUGGAUUGCAUUUUGUAUUCGGCAUUUACUUGGGAUCUGCUUUGAAAUUACCCCUUCUCAAGUUAUUUUUGCGUUUAUGUAUUCUUUUAUUGAUUCCGACUGGAAAAUUACUUUGUUUUUUUUUUGGAAAUGUCAAAAAAGAUUUUGUGGUUUAAUUCUUUUUCAUCUUUGUGUAUGUAUUGACAAAUCAAGGAAUGCAGUUCGUUUUCCAAAGUCA